GCUGCUGACCCGAUCAUAACAYCUCCGGUGGCGGCACCAUCGAUGCUGGAGAAGGCGACAACGGGGCAAAUUUCUAUGCAAACUGACAUCAUUGACGGGCCAUCAACAUCCACAGAUGGAGCGAUUCAGACAGCUGGCUCCCGACGCGGACGUAGUUCCAGAGCGCAUGCCGGACCAUCUCUGGAAGGUUGGAGUGACGAGACGGCCUUAGGUAUGAGCCUAGCUCUAGCACCCAGCUCUAGGAAGUCAUACACUAGGGCGGUCCAAGAAUUUCUAGAUUUUAGACAUCAUUAUAACCUGCCCGGAACUAUGCCGGUCCCCUAUGAGCAACUCGCUCAGUUUUGCGUAUACCACAGGCGGAGAGGCUUAGCACCACAGUCCAUUCGGACCAAGUUGUCAGCGCUGGCAUAUUGGUUGAAGGCCCAAGGCCUUAGUGACCCCACUGAUGACUUUAGGAUACAUAAAUUCUUAACGGGAUGGUCCAGGCAGCGCGGGCAUCCCAGGGACGACCGGCAGCCAAUGACACCCGCAAUUUUGAAGGGUUUGAAACAAUUGUGGCCCAGAUUGUGUACUUCAUAUUACGAGCAGGUCCUAUAUCAUGCUGCAGGUUUGACUGCAUUUUUUGGAGCACUGCGGGUGAGUGAAUUGGUGGCACUAUCCAAGAGCGAUACCUCACACCGUGCGCUGUUGAUUUCCGACAUUAAGGUUUUCCAGGAUAGUAUGGAAAUCAGAGUUAGGACCUCCAAAACUGACCAGGAAGCUAAGGGUCAGGUGAUCCGCCUGCUUAAGUGCGGCGAAGAGGACCUUUGCCCGGUAGCGGCCAUGACUCAAUUCGCGGCGCUCAGGGGCACUGAGAAAGGUUACCUCUUUUCCCAUCAGGACGGAAAGCCGCUGACCAAGUACCAAUUUUGGACCAUCACAGCUAAGGCGCUGGACCUGUUGGGGUUGGGACACCUGAAAUUUGGGACCCACUCCUUUAGGAUUGGUGCUGCCACGGCAGCAUCCGCAUUGGGAUACGACAAGGAUGAGAUAAAAGCCAUAGGCAGAUGGAGGUCCGGCGCCUUCAGAGGUUACGUACGGUCAGUUCCAUCCUAGAUGUUGUUAUCGUUGCAGGUCUCUCCAGGCUGGCGCAUAGAAGUCGGGUCCUGGUGUGCGGACACAGUUAUGUCUUUUGGGCAGGGAGAGAGGCCCACAGGACUGCCUUUGGUCAGCAUUUGGGUCUCGCUUCCACGGCAGCGGUGGAAUGGAGAGGAAGGAGAGGCCUGCGUUGGGACGGUUUGUGCCCCUUGUUGUUUAAUGCCGGGAGUGUUCUGCCUCCUGAUGUGUUGGUUAUCCACCUCGGUGGUAACGAUUUAGGCCUGUUAACAGGCAAGGCCCUCUUUUUACAAGCACGGGCAGAUAUCCGAAAAAUUUGGUGGACAUGGCCCGGGGUGCACGUCGUGUGGUCCGCUAUCAUACCUCGUCGCAGGUGGCUCGGAGGAGGCGACGUGGGAAGGCUCGAAAAAGCCAGGAAACGAGUGAACCGGGCCAUGCGGGUCUUCAUGAUCCAUCAGAGGGGUCAUUACAUUGCACAUCCAAAUAUCACUCGAGAUGACGGAAGGUUAUAUCGGGGGGAUGGAGUGCACUUAUCCGAAUUGGGCAACCAAAGAUUCUUGUUAAAUUUGCAAGAAGGUAUUAGGAGGGUGUUAGAGGAAUUGGUGGGGGAUAGGGGCGAAAUGGACAUUUGCCCCUAAUCCGUGGCAUAAAUAGAUAGAAAAUUCCUCUAGUCGGUGUGCACCUAGGGCACCCCCUUAAGGGGUGAAAGGCCGUUAAGUCAAACACUCACCCCCUGUUUAAAAGGUGAGGUUAGUUAAAUGGCCUUUAAUUGGAAGGAGUCUCGAUACAAGAGCUCUGAAAGAGACUCCUUAUCCCUUUCCCUUGGGGUGAUACGGUUUGAUUACCGAAACCCAGGUGCUUCGCCCGGAAUAUUGUGGUUAUCGGGUAGGAAUACUACCUGGGUUAGGUUGCACCAGUUCCUUGCACCCUUGAGUUAGGUUAGGAACUUAAAUAGGUAACGUUAAAUAAAAGUUGCCCAAUUUGAAUCCAAA